ACACUUGUUUGCCAACAAGUUCACAAUGGAAAUUUGCAAAAGAUAUUUGUGAAAAAUUGAAAUUGUUCAACUCUAUCACUGAAGUGUUUUCUGGCACUAAGUAUCCAACUGCCAAUGAAUACUUUCCUAAGAUUUGUGAGAUCAAAGAAGCAAUACUUGAGUGGAUUGAAUCCUCUGAUGAAUUGAUAAAAAAAAUGGCCGAGAACAUGUUGGUAAAGUUUGAUAAGUAUUGGAGUGUGAUUCAUGAAAUAAUGGGUGUCGCUGCUGUUUUGGAUCCUAGGUACAAAACUGAUUUGCUUGAAUAUUAUUAUGCAAUCUUCUAUGGAAAUGAUGUUGAUCAUCAAGUUAAGUCAAUCCGACAAUUGUGUUAUGACUUGCUUUAUGAUUAUCAAUUGAGAAUGAACAAUGAUUCUAGUGGUGAUUCUCAAAUAUUGGAAGCUAAUGUUGGUAAUGUUGGCAGUGAUGGUUUGAAAAAAUUUGAUUUGUUUGUGAUUAAGAAAAAAAGAGCUAGAACUUCAUAUGUUAGAACAGAGUUGGAUGUUUAUUUGGAUGAGGAAGUUUUACCAAGAAGUCCAAAUUUUGAUAUUUUAUUGUGGUGGAAGUUGAAUGGUGUCAAGUAUCCAACACUUCAAGCAAUUGCAAGAGAUGUGUUGGCGAUUCCUGUUUCUACUGUAGCUUCUGAAUCUGCAUUCAGUACCAGCGGUUAUAUUGUAAGCCCUCAUCGAAGCCGACUUCAUUGGACCACUUUAGAGGCUUUGAUGUGUGCUAGAAGUUGGUUAUGGAGUGCUGAGAACUCGGGUAAUUUUAAUUCUAAUGUGGGAAAUGAAAAUGCUAUUUUACUCACUGAAAUGGAGUCUGAUGAUGAAGGUGAACCGACAGAACCAUUGAUAACUGACGUUACUUCUGUUGCAAUCUCCCGCCUUGAAGAUGAUGAUUUUUAUUAAACUUGGUUCAUUUGGAACUUUUUUCUGUUUUGAUGAUUUGAAAUACUUUGUUGUUUUGAAUAUGUAUUGGUUCCGAGCUAGAAUGAUAUUGAGAACGAACUUAAAAUGUUAUGAGCUCUUUGGAAGCUUUUGUCGUUUUGAAUAUGGAUUGGUUAUGAGUUGUAAUAAUAUUUAGACAAAAUUUGAAGA